GAGUUCAUCAUCAUUCCUUUCGAUUCUACCUUUGUGAAAAAGGUGAGCUUAGAGGAAAAGAAGUAUCGGUGAGUAAGAAUAAAGCAUCUUGGACAGGAAACACCAUCAGACAUAGAUAUACAGAGGUCGCCACCUUUAGAUGCAACUGCAACAUCAGCUUUCGACCUCACAUCAGCAAUCAUGACGACCACAAAUGGAGCUGCUUCAACGUCCAAUACUACCCUGGAUGCAACAUUGCGCAAUGGUACAUCCACUCCAUCGCUUAGGCGUGUUCGGGCAGAAGAACGUCAAUAUCAAAGUGAAAUGAUGUUCAUCGGUCAAAGAUGUCAUUGGGAUGAUUGCCAUCGAGAGGAUUUCCUGCCUUUUCGUUGUGCAGAUUGUCAGAACAAAUUCUGUUCUGAACAUUACAAAUCCGCAAGUCAUAAUUGCCCAAAUCCUACGCCAGACUUUGUCGUUCCACAAUGUCCCCUUUGUCAUGAACCGCCAAAACAAUGGAAGCGUGAUGAAGAUCCAAAUGUGGCAAUGGAUGCUCAUUUGACGCCUAACCCUAAGACGGGUUUAGUGGAAUGUACAGCAUUGGGAAAAGAUGGAAAGUUACAAGCACAAAAGAAGGAGAAACGGGAAAAUGAAUGCAACGAAAAGAGAUGUCAUAAAUUGAUGGUCGUGCCUAUUCAAUGUCCACAAUGUCGUCAGCAAUUUUGCCCUUCUCACAGAGCGCCCGUUCAACAUCAAUGCACCUCAUUAUCAACAGCAAAACAAUCUUCGUCUGCCUCUUCAUCUUCUCCCGGUAGCAAACUGCUCGAUUCACUUGCAGCAAAGCGUGCUAGUUUACAACAAGAACCAACCGAACCACAAGCUCCUAUGGAAAAGCAAAGCAAAUUGAACGGAAAGGCCGAAAGCCUGAAUCCGAUCCGUGCUAUUCAUGCAGCAUCGAAUGAGAGAAAGAUGGACAAGUGGGUUCCCAGACCAAUUUUUGGCAAGGCAUGAUUGUUUAGCUAUGGCUUUAUCAUCAUCUCGAGCCUUUUUUUUCAUUCGCCCAACAAAAUACUCAUUUCCCUUUUACCCCCUUUCUUUUUCCUCCCUUUUUCAGACGAGCAAAAAGCGAA